ACUGGGCUUCGGCGCGUGAAGAGAUGAGCCGGGCCGGUGAGAAAACGGGCGUAAGAGUGGAGGAAGACGAUGAUCAAUCGGAGGAGAAGGAAGCGUGGCAAGCACCCCUCACAAGAUACUGCCCUGUUGAUUUAUCAUUCAGCUCAAAUCUGUUUUGUCGUCCCAAGCUGGCUCGCACAAGGACUCUUUCUUCUUCUUCUUGGUGCUGUGGAAUAAGAGUGCGCCUGUAACAGAGAUGAGAUGAGAUGUUGUCUGCAACUGUACUGCAUCGUCGAGACAGGCACAUUGUUGAAUUCAAACAUAUUCUGGAUUAAUACUGCUGCUGCUCAAUCAUCAUUAUCCCUGUGUUGAUCAAUCUAGCAGACUUGUGUUGGUUUUAAUUUGCUGAUGAGAUGUUGAGCGAUAAUUUUAGAUGUGCACAGUACCACCACUAGAAAGCAGCAGCUUGAGCCAUCACUGAGCGGCGGGAGAGAGAGAGAGAGAGAGAUGCCAGCAUUGCCGCGCCACCUCCCACGAGCUCGCUGCCCAGGCCCAGGCCGCGCCGCCUCCUCCUGGGCCGCCGCCGUCGCUGACCACGCGCGCUCCGGCCGCCACGCCGCCGCGCUCACCGUCUUCCGCCGCGUUCUCCGAGCCCACCCCGCCGUCGCCACCUCCGAUCAGCUCGCCUACGCCGCCCUGCUCCGCUGCCGCGACCACCGCCUCGCCCACCAGAUACACGCGCAGGUAUGCCGUCGUGGUCUGGCCGCCUCCAACCCCAUCCUCGCAUGCUCCCUCCUCGCCUUCUACUCCGAGGACCCAGACAAGGCCACCAUGAUGUUCGACGAAAUGCCGAACCCAGACGCGAUCUGCUACACCGCCAUGAUGUCCGCCCUCCUCCGCGCCGGGGACUGGCCACGGGCGCUCGCGCUCUACCCGCGCAUGCUCCGAGCCGCCGCCACUCCGCCCACCCAGCACACCUUCUCCAAGCUGCUCGCCCUCUGCGCCUCCAUGCGCCUGCGCCGCCAUGGCACCCAGCUCCACGCGCAGCUCCUCCGCUGGGGCUGCGGAGCCCACCUCAACCUGGUCCUCAAGACCGCGCUCGUCCACAUGUACGCCAGCUGCGGCGCCAUGGCCUCCGCGCGCGCCGUGCUCCAGUCCACGCCCGAAACCGACGUCGUGCUCUGGACGGCCAUCAUCGCCGCCUACUCGCGGGGUGGCCAGCUCCAGGCUGCUCUUGGGGCGUUUCGUGACAUGGAACGUGCCGCGGUGCCGCCCAACGCCUUCACCUACGCAGCGCUCAUCGCUGCCUGCUCCUCCGCCCACGCGCUGCACAUCGGGCGGCAGCUCCAUGCCCGCUUGUUCAAGUCUCGGCUGGAGCACGACACGUCCGCGUGUAAUGCGCUCCUGGACUUGUACAGCAAGGGAGCCUCCGCCCGUUUGCUCGACUUGCUGCACGCUUUCCGCGCAGUCGACACGCCCAACGUGGUGUCCUGGACUGCCUUCAUUGCUGGACUUGCACGCCAUGGCAGGGACCAAGAUGCGUUUUCGGCUUAUGCUCGCAUGCGGGCUAGUGGGGUGCAGCCCAACUCCUUCACCCUGUCCACUCUUCUCAAAGGCUGCACCUCCGCACAAGCUUUCCUACACGCUGCGAAGAUCCAUGCCUAUGUGCUUAAGACCAGCUUUGAGUCACUGGAUGCAGCUGUCGGGAACUCGUUGGUCGAUGUGUAUGCAAGGUUUGCAAGAAUGGAUGACGCAUGGGCGGUGGCUACCACGAUGCCCUUCAUAAGGGAUAGAUUCACAUACACAAGCCUAGCCAAGGGGCUGAAUCAGAUGGGGCUUCAGCACAGGGCCCUCGAGAUGUUAGUGCACAUGCUCCACGAGGAGAUUGAUAUCGACGGCUUCAGCCUCGCUUGCUUCCUUUCUGCUGCUGCGACCAUGGCCUCCAUGGAGCACGGGAAGCAGCUGCACUGCUGCUCCGUGAAAUUGGGAUUGAGCGGUCAGGUAUCUGUCUCCAACAGCCUUAUCGACAUGUACAGCCGAUGCAAGUGUCUGGAGGAUGCCAAUAGUGCUUUCCGGUCAAUCAGGGAGCCCAAUGUUGUGUCGUGGAAUGUUCUAAUAUCCGGUCUGGUAUUCAAUGAGCGUUACACUGAAGCGCUGUCAGCUUUUGAAGACAUGAUACUGGCUGGAACUCAGCCUGACGGAAUCACUUUCUCAGUUGUGCUUUCCGCCUGCAGCCAUGGUGGUUUAGUUGAUAUUGGCAUCAAACAUUUCAACUCUAUGAGGAAUCUGUUUGGUGUUUUCCCACAAAGGAGCCACUACACAUGCUUUCUGGAUAUGUUAGGACGAGCAGGUCGUCUUACAGAGGCGGCACACACCAUUGAGGCGAUGCCCGUCCAACCAGACUUGUCAAUGUACAGGACCCUGCUGGCAUUUUGCAAGCUCCACAACGAUCCAGUGGUUGGCGAAAAUAUUGCAAGGAAGGCACUGGAAUUGGAUCCAUCAGACGCGGUGUUACAGAAUAUGCUUCCAGGCAUCUUUGGUGCUCCUGGAGACAAGAUCGUGAUGGACAGACAGGUCCACGGGGUGAAGAGGGGGAUGCAGGUGUCCAAGCUAAAUACUAAUAACUAUGAGCUACCAUUCAAUUUCUGAAAAUUUGUUCUUUGUGUUCUUGUUACAUGUUCCCAAGAGCAGACGCGAGUAUUAUUUCUGGGGCAUUUUCUUCCAAAAAGUUCUCCCCAUUAAGCUUGGGAUGAUAAGAAGAUUAAUUAGAGCCUGCUUAUUUUUUCUGGAGACAUUCCCCCCCCCCCCCUUCAAGAGUUUAUGGAGUCAAUGCAGAGUACAUUUGAAAUAGUUAAGUUCCACCUAUGUGAUACAUUCUAUGAAAUAGUUAAGUUCCACCCAUUUGAAGCCACAAUCUUCUGGAGUCAAUGCAGACUAUGGCAUCGACCACCUUCAUUUUCUCAGUUAAAGGAAUUAACCAUCCCUCUCAUACAACACUACCUAUUUGAGUUCUGGAGCAUGGAUAUGAUAACCAUCAGGAAACAGUAUAGCAUCAUGCGAAAAAUUCUGGGCCAUCCAGACUCCAUAGUACAGCUGGUUGUCAUGCACCCGUUGACGCUCCCCUUGUUCCUGAUGUUACUG